GUUGAGGCUCAGGACAGGGGCGGAAACCGAGGUUAGGAGACGCAAAGCGACUUGUCCCAAGUUUCGGAACAAGAAAUUGGCGGGGUCAAGAUUCGAACUUCCAGCGCCAUGGCUCAGAUUCUGCAGAUGGAGAUCCCCAACUUCGGCAACAGCAUCCUGGAGUGCCUCAACGAGCAGCGGCUGCAGGGCCUGUACUGUGACGUGUCGGUCGUGGUCAAGGGCCACGCCUUCAAGGCCCACCGUGCCGUGCUGGCUGCCAGCAGCUCCUACUUCCGGGACCUGUUCAACAGCAGCCGGAGCGCCGUGGUGGAGCUGCCGGCAGCCGUGCAGCCCCAGUCCUUCCAGCAGAUCCUCAGCUUCUGCUACACAGGCCGCCUGAGCAUGAACGUGGGCGACCAGUUCCUGCUGAUGUACACGGCCGGCUUCCUGCAGAUUCAGGAGAUCAUGGAGAAGGGCACCGAGUUCUUCCUCAAGGUGAGCUCCCCCAGCUGCGACUCGCAGGGCCUGCACUCUGAGGAGGCCCCGUUGUCUGAGCCCCAGAGCCCCGUGGCACAGACGUCGAGCUGGCCGACCUGCAGCACGCCGCUGCCCCUCCUGUCUCGGGUGAAGACGGAGCAGCAGGAGUCAGACUCUGUGCAGUGCACGCCGGUGGCCAAGAGGCUGUGGGACAGCAGCCAGAAGGAGGCAGGGGGCAGCAGCAAUGGCAGCCGCAAGAUGGCCAAGUUCUCCACACUGGACCUGGCUGCCAGCCGGCCGCCACAGGCCCCCGUGGUGGCCGCAGCCCAGCCAGCCGGGGUGGCAGUGGCAGCGGUGGCUGGAACCGCACAGCCAGCCGGGGCUGGGGCCGGGGCUGGCCCCGGGGCUGGGGCUGUAGUGAGCGGGCCCAGCACAUCGGAGCGGACCAGCCCCGGCACCUCGAGCGCCUACACCAGCGACAGCCCCGGCUCGUACCACAACGAGGAGGAUGAGGAGGAGGACGGAGGCGAGGAGAGCAUGGACGAGCAGUACCGGCAGAUAUGCAACAUGUACACCAUGUACAGCAUGAUGAACGUCGGCCCUACAGCCGAGAAGGUGGAGGCCCUUCCUGAACAGUUGACCCCUGAGUCCCGGAACCGCAUCCGGGCGAGGCAAGACCUGGCAUCCCUCCCCGCCGAGCUCAUCAACCAGAUUGGCAACCGCUGCCACCCCAAGCUCUACGACGAGGGCGAGCCCUCUGAGAAGCUGGAAUUGGUGACAGGUACCAAUGUGUACAUCACAAGGGCACAGCUCAUGAACUGCCAUGUCAGCGCAGGCACAAGGCACAAGGUCCUGCUACGGCGGCUUCUGGCCUCCUUCUUUGACCGGAACACACUGGCCAAUAGCUGUGGCACUGGGAUCCGCUCCUCCACCAACAACCCCAGCCGCAAACCCCUGGACAGCCGCGUCCUCCACGCUGUCAAGUACUACUGCCAGAACUUUGCCCCCAACUUCAAGGAGAGCGAGAUGAACGCCAUCGCGGCAGACAUGUGCACCAACGCCCGCCGCGUGGUGCGGAAGAGCUGGAUGCCCAAGCUGAAGCUGCUCAACACUGAGGGCGACGCCUACACAAGCUUCAUCAGUGACCCGUGCAAGAUGGAGCCAGACAUGAUGAGCGUGGAGCAUGGCUUCGAGACGGCCAGCCACGAUGGUGACGCCGGUGACGCCGGGCCCACCGGGCCCUCAGCCGAGGCCCUGCAGUAACCCACCGGACCCUCCCACAGAGCCGGCACACUCCCCUCCCACCACACCGCCCACCCACCGCCCUGGUCACGAUCUACUGUCUGCCCCUCCCCAGGGCCCACGGGGGUGCUGCAUGCUCCCAGCCCUUCCGUCUCCCUGCCCCACCCCCAUCCCCCAGCCCAGUGUCCCCCGCCAGGGCAGGGCUGGGAGAGUGGCAGGUGGUGUGAGGUUCACCUUGCCUUUACCACACCCUUGUGCACUGUCGGGGAGCCCUUCCUCCCCUCUCCUAACCCCUAGGAAUGGUCCCUCAACUCACCAGGCCAGGCAUUUGUGGGGAGGGGGGGACUGGCCCCGAGGGAGGUGGUACAGGAAGGGCCCCUCUCCCAGACCCUGGACCCACGGAGGCCACUCGGCCUCCGCCCCACUGCGGCCCUUUGGACUCAAAGGGCCCUGGGCUCUCAGGACCCCCGGCCACCUCUUCCCAGAGCUUCCACUUUUCCAAAAGCGCCUUCCUGUCCCCUCGUCUGUCCCUGCAACUGGGGGCUGGGGUAGGCGAGGCCACAGGGCAUGUCCAUUUGACAACUGUGGAGACAGGCUCUGAAAUCCCAUGACUGGCCUCUGGUGGUGGGCCCAGGGCCCUUCUCCCAUGAGAUGCUCUGCCCUCUGCACAGCCCCCAGCCCACCCAAGAGCCCCAAGGAGGCAGGUCCUAAGUGAGGGGGCUCUUAGAGGCAGGUGUGGUCUCGGAGGUUAGGGCACCAGGUUUCCAGGGCUCAUGGAGUGUGAGUGUGUGUGAGUGAGUGUGUGCGUGUGUGCGUGCGUGUUCAGAAGUUUUGCUUUUGAAAACAUGAAGCUCUGUAAGAGGCAGUAGGACCAGGGUUGAACUGAGGGGAGCAGGGCUGGGGCCUGCUGCCCUCCUUCCAACCCUCCCACCCUCCAGCCGGGCUCCUAGCCCCUCCCUUCCCCUGUACAUACUUUUUAAACAUUUUUCUUAGCUAAUGAAAUACUGAAGUAUAAGAUUCCUUUUAUUUUUCAAACCAAUGGGACUGUGUGAUGCUCCCCUUUGGUCCCUGGGGCCCAGGGCAGGCAGGAUGGGAUCAGUAGGCAGGUGGGUGUGUGAGUGUGUGUGUGUGUGUGUGUGUGCGCGCGUGUGUGUGCGCGCUCGAGUCUUGGGGGUGCCUCGGCCCAGUGCUGCCUGGACUCCUGUGGGUCUGACUGGCUCCCCCGACCCCCACAGGGCUACAGUUCAAGGGUGUCCCUGGCCCUGGCUGAGCCCCAUCCCUAGGGACCAGGGCAGGCUCCCCCUCCAUGUAGACAGAUCCACGCACCUCUAACCAUUCCUUUCUAGCUGGUUCUCUCGUGAAGAGGGAAGCUAUUUGAUUUACCAUGUGAGCAUGGAGGCUUCUUCUUUUUUUGUAACUCCCCAUCCCCCCACAUCCGGGUCACUUCCUAAUUCCACUUUUAUUUCUAGCCCUGCCCACACUCCCUCUCCUUUCCCUCCCCAGCUCUCAUCUGCCCACUGCUCCCACUGGUCCUUCAUCCUUUCUAGCAGAGGGCCAGGGAUUGUGGGGGGGGGUCCCCAUCCUGUCCUGGACCCUGCAGCCUGUCACUUCUAACAUCUGCUUGGUGCCUGUGAGGGGGUGUCAGUCACGGGGGUAGGGAGGGGGGUCAGGGCCGGCUGGGGCCCUGCUGCUAUUCUCUGCGUGGUUCAGCCCCAGCACCUUAGCCUCCAGCCGGCCCCUAAGUAUGUGUGGAGGAGACUUGACACCCCCAGCUAAAGCACAAGCACCUUAAUCACACCUCUUCUCCACCCCUAUAGGUCCCCCGCCCCUGACCAACACCCCCACCCCCACCCCCAGCAUCGAUCCCAAAGCACAAUAUCCUGGUCACUUGGCAGUAGCAGUACCCAGCUGGCCGAGGCCAAGGGGGUGCAGUGGUCAGGGCUCUAGCCAAACCACAGAAGGAAGCAGGAGUUCACAGGCACCCAGCUCCUUCCCUGCCUUAGCAGGGGGGUGGGGCGGGGGCAGCUCUCUGGCACAGGGGCCUUCUAACCUCCCCACCCCCUUGUCCUGGGCAGACCUUUGCCCAGCCCCUCCUGCCUUCUCCGAUGGGGCCACCCUGAAGCUCCUUGAGAGCCGCAGCCUGGGGUGGCUGGCCAUCCCCUGGCUUACUGGGGUAGGGGGACCAGGUAGUGGUGCAGGGGAGGAAACUCCUCACCAGGAGAGCCAAAGACAGGGUUGUGCCUUACCCAGGAGCCACCCCUGCGCCCAAUCCCGGUCCCCUGCUUCCCGGCCCUGCUCUGAGCUGCAUGACCCCCCACCCCCACCCUACCUGGGCAGCAGGGAGGCUGACAGGCGGAGUCACCCACCAUGGAGAAAAGAUGGGGUUCCCUCCGCUGCCUUGCCACCCUCUCGCUUCUUUCACGUGGGACAGGGGUUUGUCCUGUCCUCGUGAAGUGCCAACACCCUGCCCCAAGCCCCCUCCCUCCCUGGCCCCUGAGUGAGAUUGCACAUUAACUACUGUAAGGAGAGGUGGCACUGGGAAAUGUGAACCAUGAGCACGUCAGUGAUGCUGAUGAAAAUAAACUAAACGCCUUUGUAACA